CAAAUCUCUAUCUCUCUAUCUCUGCAUUUCCUCACCUCUUCACUUCUUCUGCUCUCAAUUCCAUUUCCCCUCUUGCUCUCACCGUUUCCCGCCUCCCCGCCGUGGCGCUGAGACGAGCUGGUGGAGGCCCUCCCCGUCAACCUCACCAAUAGCUGUGCUCCACACAACUUGUUCACGUUUACCGCCCCAUCGUCCAUCAACUCUUUCUCUAUCCACCACCACCUUGCUGCUUCACACUGCUUUCGUUUCCUUGCCCGAUGUCCCUCAUAUCGAUUUCUACUUGCUGAGCCAGCACACCAACUUGUGAUCUCAUCGCUGCAGAGAUCGUUUGCUUGCUCCACAUGUGCCGUUGACCAGCCAGAGAACUCCCCUAAGCGCCUGCGCCAUCCCUCCUCGCACUAUGCCAACCAUGCCUCACAGGGAGCGCGAAAGUGUUCUUGACGAUAGAUCGAGCGAGCGACGCCAUCGCACCUCGUCCGAGAAGAGCACCAGCCGACCGCACAAGUCGUCGAGAACCUCGAAGACGAAGACAGUCGACCCCGAAACUGGUGAAGCCGUUAAGGUACAUCGUCGCCGCAAGGAUAAGGACAAGGAGAGGGAAGAGGAUUCACAACCUGCUCUUUCAAUGGCUGAUCUAGUCCCUGAGCUGGCGCGGACAGCGUCUUCCAGCGCGGCAGCUUCCAGGACCAGUCUUCCUUAUCCUAGCUUCAACAAGGCAUACAGCAAGGAAGCAGUGAAUAGCAAGGAGGAUUUCAUAACUCCCGUGAAGGAGAAGACAAAUAUUUACACACCGGAAUCAACAGACGUUGGCUCGGAUGACAAAGCUAAAUCGAAGUCUACAGACCAGUUCAAUCCGCGUGGAGCCAACGGCACGAAGGAUGAGCGACCGCCCAGUCCACCCGAGACGGAGUUCUCUCAACAGAGGAAGUCUACGUCCUCUCGAAUGUCGAAACUUCAGGAGGAUGAAGAAAUAGAACAGAGGCCCAGCUCCAGGAAUUCCUGGUUCGGAAGAACGAAGAAGGAGAAAGACGAGCGGAAAGAGGAGCGGAAAGACGAUCGGAAAGACGACCGGUCGAGGGUGUCAUCAAGGUCGAAGUCUUCAAAGACUUCGAAAGCCAGCACUGCUGUGAAGACAUCGAAGACGAAGACUACGGAUUCUGUGGCGGACGAGAAACAUAAGAGUGCAAGCCAAAUCAACGGCGAGUAUGCUGAAUCGAGAGGCUCGAAUCUUACCUCUUCGCCCAAGAAGUCACGACCGGACCUGUCUGGGCAGGCGCCUCCAGCCUUGGAUACAUACUCCUCUCCUGGCUCCGCUCAAGAUUCGUCACCGCAGACCCCAACCCAAACUCCGCAGUUCCCUCCACCAUCUGCAGCAGAACUCAAGCCGACACCUUCGCCAUUCAUCCAUUUUGAAAUCCCCAAACCAGAAUCGAACGCAUACGACUCACCACAGCCUCCGCCGCCGCCACCCCCUCCGACUGUCCCGGUUAAUAUCCCUCGUGUCGACUACCUAUUGCAGAAUGGAGGAUUGCCCCGGCUUGCGCCCAGAACGCUGCUUUCCGCGACCCCUAAUUUUUCCUCCCAGAACAAUACAUCAAGGGGUUCAACUCCAAUGCCUUCCGAAAUCGAACGGAUCUUUGGACCGUACUUCACUGUGCUGGACCAGUACGAGACCGUUCUUAAUAAGAACGGAUCACUUGCUGUUGCUACAGGAUACAGAUCUGUGGCGAGAAGGCUACUUGAUAGACUAGAGAAUGUCUUCAACAGAGAUCUUUCAUCGGAAGGAUGCUUUUGUGUCAUGUGCCAAGAUCCAGACAAUGCCUCACAUGAAGGUAGCAGGGGCCUGGGAUGGGGAGAAGUUUUGGAAUGGGUUAGCGGCAGACGCGAGCUUCCUGUGUGGCCAGCCUUUGACUUUACGAUGCUUGGUGCCAAAACAGGAGAAGAGCUCACCGGACUUGGGAUAUCAGAUCCGAGGCCUGGAUCGCCCGUGAAGAUAGAUCCUGACGUGGCCGACGAGUUUCGAGACUACUACGUUCAACAAUCGAAGAAGACCAAAUCUGCGGUGAACAGGUGGCUUUCAACCUGUCCGGAGACCGCUGCUACACCUCCACAGGAGGUCGACGAUGAGACGUUGUCUUUUGCUAUUGUCACGCACCUUGAACAACACGACCGACCUGUCUUCAAUGCAUUACUUUCUGGCUCAACCGUUUUGCAACCGGCCUCACGAUCGCCCACUCCGCUCCGCAAACCUCGGUGUGAUUUCAUAAUUAAAACAGCGCUUUCAUUGCAACGGCUUUAUCGACUGCCAACACCACCCCGAGAUCCGGAGGCUGCUAUCUACCUCUUGAAAAACCCUCACAUUCACAAUCUCAUCGCCACUCUAUCAGGCAUCAGUACUUCCGAGUGGGAGAUCCUCAUUUCUGGUCGGUUUGAUGGAUUCUUGUGGUCAGGGGCUGAGUCCGAACCAGCAUCGCCGGCUGUCUCGCGUGGCCCUACCCCGGUAUCUUCUAGUAUGCGUCAAGGCAGCUCCUCACGUACAAAUACACCGUUUUCUCCCAUGCGUUCUCAGACCUUCUCGCCCCCCUUUGCGUCCAGUGGCGUCCCAUCACGGGGACCGACGCCUUCCUCAGGAGCCCGGCACCCCGUAUCCAACGAUGAGGAAACAGAGAUUGCCGUGCUAGCUGAAGUAGAACGAGAGAUUUAUCUAGGCAUGGAAAUGCUGGAGGACGCCUUCGAAGGUCUACACCGAAAGGCAGAACUUGUUCGGCGGGCGCUCCGAGAACGUGGUGCGGGACUUUCAAUGUCUGUGCAGUCACGGCGGAGCAGCCACCCUGAUGUCAUCUCUGCGGGCACUCCCCGGCUUUCGUCAACUGGGCUGGGUCCUGGGUAUGAGAGACCGCACUGGGGAGAGGGUGGCAGUGAGAUGGCGAGCGACAGUGAGUGGGAUCAAGGCGAUGAGAUGCAAAGCGAGAUAGCACCAGAUGACUCCGCCAGCAACAUCAGCAGUUCGCGGCACCGCAGACCGAAGAGGAGGAAUGAGAGGCGGACGCCGGCACUGGUGGAGGAGGAGGACGAGGACUGAAGGGAAAUUGAACGACUACUUGUUGGACGGUAUCACGACCUCCAGGAGUGAGUACUAUAUUGUUCUUGCUCCUACGACACGAUUCUUGACGGCGUUACCGGAUACGUAUCCCCAUGGGGCAUGAACGGACGG